UGAUUUUGCAUUUCCAGGGGGAGAGAACUGUAUGUAAACAAUGCGCUUCUCUCCCCUGUCAGCUCCAGCACACUGCUUUGUAUGGCUCAGCAUAGCUGAGCCAUACAAAGCAGUUUGCUUACAGUGGAAAGCACAGACACAGCCCCAUAGUGAAACACACACAGCACACAGUUAACCCUUUGAUCGCCCCAAAUGUUAACCCCUUCUUGCCAGUGCCAUUAGUACAGUCUCAGUUCUUUUUAUUAAUACUGACCACUGUAUUGGUGUCACUGGGGAUGUCAGUUACACCAAAUCAGUUUCCCCCAGUGUCAGAAUGCCCGCCGCAGUCCCUCAAUAA